AUGCACCUGCAAACCCUCCUCCUCUCUCUAACCCUAACUCUCGCCAUCCAAACAACCGCAACACCAAUCCCAUUCUCCCUCUUCGCCCACACCACUGCCCUAACAGAAUCCCAAGUCAUCACAAUCGCCCCAACAUCUAAAUCCUGCUCCGACGCCCCAGCAGAAGGUGAAUGCGCCACAGCAAAGCAAGCCGCAAAGUACACCUCCCAAGCUUUCGACACCUAUAAAGUAACCUCGAAAGCCGAGCAAGCAGCCAUAAUCAGCAUAAUGGCUUUCGAGAGCAGCGAUUUCAAGUAUAACAAGAAUCAUUUCCCGGGUGUUGCCGGACAGGGCACACGCAACAUGCAAUCUCCAUCUUACAACAAGAAAUACGCUUCCUCCCUACCGGAGCUGAAAGACAAGAUUCCUAGCGUCAGCAAUAACCCGGCUGAUCUACUUGAUCUCCUCCGGAAAGAUGCUGCUACGGACUUUGGUUCUGCGGCUUGGUUUCUUACUACGCAGUGCUCGAAGGAGGUGCGGGCUGCGCUUGCUGAUGGAUCUGAGACGGGGUGGCAGCGGUUUAUCUCAGAUUGUGUGGGGACUUCUGUUACUGAUGAGCGGAGGGGGUAUUGGGAAAGAGCUGUUAAGGCUCUUGGAGUUUAG